ACCGAUGGGGUUUUCGUAACUCAAACAAGCAUAACUAUUUGACAAAAGUUGGACAUAUUUAUAUGAGAAAAUUAAAUAUUUUAAUUUUGUGAUUUGAAAUUUGGAAUAAAGUAUAUGGAAAUGCCUAUGAAAAGAAAUCAAGAAGAGGCAAAUCCUUGUUCGAAGGAACAAGCUAUGUCAUAUAAAUGUUUAAAUGACAACAAUUUCGAUCGAGAAAAAUGCGAAGUGUUUUUUGUCAAUUACAACAAUUGCAAAGAAUUCUGGAAUAAAAUACGAUUAAGUCGUAAACGAAAAGGAAUUAUACCAAAUAUGCCACCAUUAAGUGAACGAGCAAAAAUUAAGGAAGAAUUUUUUGAAAAUUUAAAUAAAAAUAAAUAAUUAUACGUUUGAAUUUGUGAUGCU